CGCUCCUGCAACAUGGUGCGACCCGGUUUCGCCGAGGUCAUCUUCAACAGUGCUGCCGAUGCGCAGUCUGCGGUGGCGCAGUACAAUGGUCGGGAGCUAGAUGGACGUCCCAUGCAGGUGACACUCGCGACCAAUAUACCCACAGGUGCACUUAUUGCACCACUUUUGACCACCACCAACAGCGGUAUCCUGCGGCCUUCUGUGAAGCCCAAGCCGACCACCACCACGACAACGAGCAUGGAAGUUGAUGCAAAUGCCAUCAAGCACGCCCUCUUCCACGUCAAUACGCCCAGUGCUGCCCCCUUGUCGCGGCGGCCGGUGGAUUUUAACGUCAACUUAUUUUGA